AUGGAGUCUCGACUUCGAGCCACCCAUCCUUUAUACAAAGUCUUUGCCUUCUGCUGCUUUCUGGGGUUUAUGGUUUACCUCAUCCAACGGCGAAGUGAUUUCUCGAAUUUGGAAUUGACAGAACCCAUCCGACUGCCUACAACCCACGGAUCAGGACUCAAAGAAGUCGACUUACCUGUUGAAGAAAAUCCAAAGACUAAAAAAUUCUUUGUGAAAACAUCGAAAUGUGAAAUUCCGUAUGUCGAUCCUUUCUCUGCAGAAGUCAUGGAGUUUUACAAGCCUCAGACUCUGGUAAAAUGCACCAAUGACAGCGAUCUGGUAUCUACGGAAUAUAACCCAAAGAUCCAGAGAUAUAUUUUGCGAAUUGAUGAGGAAGUUGCAAUGGACUUGCUUAACCACACGGAUGUGGAGUACAAUUGCUUUUACCGGGAAGUUGAGUACGGCAGUGAGGCAGACACCUUUGACAAGCUCAGGGCCAAUAAGUAUUUCUCGGAUGGCUAUGUAGUACCCUUACAUGUUGAAGGUAUUGUGGUUGAGUGCCGAACAGCUGACGAGCCAACAAAACUUCUUCAAAAGGACGCCUUUACAUUUGUGCAAUACCAGCCCCUUCCCAAGGACAUGAAGCAGAAACAUGGAGUGCGAAAACCCAGUGUUAUAAUGUACGGGAUUGACUCACUUUCUCGGAUAAAUCUAAGAAGAACAAUGCCCAAGGUCUUCAAGUUCCUUCAGGGCGAUGGAUGGCACGAGAUGCAGGGAUACAAUAAGGUUGCUGACAACUCUUUUCCCAAUAUCUUCGCGAUGCUCAGUGGCUAUUCGGCCGAAACGGCAAAGGAGCAAAUAUGUGAUACAGACAAAGAAGGUUGUUUUGACAAAAUUCCCAUGAUAUGGAAGUACUUCAAAAAUGCCAGCUAUUUGACAGGCUAUGCGGAGGACGCAAGCGCCCUGAAUCACUUUAGUUAUUGCAAGCCGGGCUUUCAGAAGAAGCCCAUGGAUUUCUAUUUUCGACCUUUUUUGAAGGCUCUGGAGUCAAAGUUGGAUGAAUACCGAUUGCCCGACUACGACUUAAUGCGAUAUUGUAUGGGCCGCCGGAUAACUAAUCGUUAUAUAUACGACUAUGGACGCAUGUUUACGAAGAGAUUCGUUCACGAACGUCCCAUCUGGGGAAUGUUCUGGUCGAGCCACUUUAGUCACGACGAUCCUUUCUUGCCAUCUGCCAUGCAGGACCAGAUCCUUGGCGACCUCUUGGAUCUGAAGGAGGCUGGUGCUCUAGAGAAUACGAUCAUGAUAUUCUUCGCCGAUCAUGGAAUCAGAUGGGGGCGUCUGACAUGGCUAAAGCAAGGUUUUCUGGAGGAGCGGCUGCCCAUGAUGUUCAUUUAUCUUCCUCCCUGGUUUCGGGCGACCUAUCCAUCCUUUGUCCGGGCACUGAAGAUCAACCAAAACCGGCUGUGCUCCAACUUCGAUAUCCACAAUACGCUGAAACACAUCGUUGAGAUGGGAGGCACUCCGGAUGGACCCGUACUGCCAAAGGCCUUCGACUGCCCCACCUGCCAGUCCCUCUUCCAUGUCCUGCCGGAGGAUCGCACCUGCGCCCAGGCGGCCAUCGACGAUCACUGGUGCACCUGCGAGCCCUACAUCCUCAUCCCUGAGACAGAUUGGACCAAACAAAUUUCCCGCAGUGUGAUCGAUCGGAUGAACGAGUAUUUUGUGGCCAAGAAUCUAACCAAACUCUGCUCCAACUUGACCCUGCGCCAUGUCAUUAAGACGGAGAUCAAAUCGGGCCAAGAAGUAAAAUGGCAAGAUGAGCGACUGCCGGAGUUGGAGAAGGCCGUCUACCGGGUCCACUUUAAAGUUAAUCAAAAUAGCGCCGACUUUCAAGCCACUGUCGUCUACAAUAAUGUCACCCAGAUCUCCGAAGUAAAUGUGGAAAAAAUCAGUCGAACAAACUCGUACCGCGAAGACUCCACCUGCAUCGAGGACAAGCUAGCGAAGCUGUACUGUAUUUGCUAUAGCGAUCUCAAGCAGUAA